AUGGCAGCGGUCUGGCAACAAGCACUUGCUUUAGAUGCAAAAUACAACGCUUACAGGACUCCAAACAACCCACAGUUUAGAACAUUAUACAUCAGAAGAAGAAGCCAAUUGCUUAGAGAGAAUGCCAAAUCAGGUCAACGGGAUCCAGCUGUUCGAAAGGAAUACCUUCAUCAACGGGCACAGUUACUGACAUCCCGAUACGGAAGUCCAGCUUUUUCUGACCAGGGGAGUAUCAGAAGUCGGUCCUUCAGUAUAAGGAGUAUAAGCAGAAACACUAUGGAGAGUUUUGACAAUCUAGCUAUUGGUGUGGAUGGGAAGAAGCAUCACAGACGCCAUCAGAGUGCUGGGUCAUUCAAACAUGUGUAUGAGGGACCAAUGAAGCGUGUAUAUGACAGUAUAGAAGUGGUGCCAACUCGGGAGGCUGAAGCCAGCAGAGCGAUGGCUGGAGGCAAGACUGUGUCAGAAAACUAUGCUUUUACAGGAAUGCAUCAUAUAUUUGAUCAGCAUAAGGAAUCAGUGACAAGUGUAAAAUUUGCUAAUGAUGACAAGUCCCGUGUAGCAUGCUCAUCACUGGAUGGUACUCUGUCCAUCUGCCAAGUCAUCCCUCCUCCAGCCACUGUUAUUUGUAUGUUGAACGGACACUCAGCUGGAGUAACAGAUUUUGUGUGGUCUCUGUCUAAUGAUGUGAUCCUAUCAGUGUCGUUUGAUGGUACAGCUAGACUGUGGGAUGUUGCUGCGGGCAAGUGCAUGCGAGUCAUCAAUGACAACACAGGAGCAGAACUACUUUGUUGUGUGUUUCAACCCCUCAACAACAACAUGUUUGUUACAGGUAACAGUAAAGGACAGGUGCAAAUGAUGAAUGUGUCUACAGGAAAAGGAAACAAGGGAGGAAGUAGUAAAGUGACGGGUAAGGCAAUGGCUUUGGCCUUUGACACGACAGGUCGCAUCCUCUGGGCAGGCGAUGACAAGGGGUCAAUCUUCUCUUUCACUGUAGAUGUGGCUACAGGGAAACUUACAAAAACACGAAGAAUAACGGUGAGCGAUGGAAGUGCCAUUACCAGUAUCUCCUCUCGCUCCUGGAUCAGUCGAGAAGCACGAGAUCCAUCACUCUUGGUCAACAGCUGUAUCAGUGCUAUGUGCCUUUUCAAGGUGGUGACAGAUGAUGGGGGUUUACAGCUAAAGAAGACAUUCCCAGUGAAACAGAAGAAGUGUCAUAUCCGUAGUACCUUUUGUCCUCUCAUGUCUUUCCGUCAGGGAGCUUGUGUAGUGUCUGGCAGUGAGGACAUGUGUGUAUACUUCUUUGAUGUUGGUAAGGACAACAAACCUUGUGUCAACAAACUGCUCGGUCACUCAGCUCCUGUGUUAGAUGUAUGUUUCAACUGUGAUGAGAGCCUGCUUGCCUCAUGUGAUGAACUAGGAAUGGUGAUCAUCUGGAAGCGAGAAGGAAAGCAGGGGAUGAUUUAAUGGCUGUGUGUAAUUUCAUGCUAUCUGACCCUGGGGUUACUGGUAUAUCAGAUGUACACAGGGCCUCAUUAUUAUCUCUGUUGAUUCUUAGAGUCAUAUCAUUCAAGAUAAUUCUUCAUUCUAUAAUUCUAAUAUUAGUUCAUUGACAGUGACCUACAAUAGUGUCGCAGGAUUUCUAAUCAAUUUUCCGUUUUGAUUCAUUCUGGAGCCAUUUUAUUGUGCAAUAAGUGAGUGAGAGUUUAGUGUGCUAUUGUUAAUCUGUUACCAUUUAAUGAUAGGUGGUUGUUGGUGACCAAGUGAUGAGAGGAGGAGGCGGAUAAUGUUAAUCAAAGUAUUGGUGUUUCCUUUCUAGAAAUGAUCAGAAGUGUCCAGAAGUCUAGAAUUCCUAACACUACACAGUAUACUUUGUUCUACUGAUGAGUCCUACAGGAUUCAGAGUCAUGUUACAGAAAAUCAAGUCUUAUCAACACAUUACACCUCUGACCAUUUCUGGCCAGUCACUGUCUAGAUGGUAAAGAAUACCUUGUGAUUUUUAAUAUAUAAUUUUGUCACUUUGUGUGUCCCUCACACAGCUUGUGUACUAGAUAUUUCCUGAACAUAUUUAGUCCAUAUUCAAACCACAGUAUCACAAAAUUGUGUGUAUCUGUAAAGAUUUCAAAGUCAAAGGUAAAACUUGACAGCUUUCAAAAUAAUAAAUAACCUCUGAGUAGAUUUAGUUAGUCAUAUCAUAUUGUUACAACACAAACUUUGAAAUUAUACUUGAUAGUCAUUGGUUGAGGUUAAAGGUCAUAUAUGACAAAGUUUUAAAUAGAAGCUUGUGAACAAGAUGGCAUUAGUAUCUCAUAAUCUCCUAAAGAGAUUGAGUUCAUAUUUACAUCAUAGUAACAUAACUUGAAAUCUUCCAUGUAUUACACAGAUAUUUGUUUUUCAGCUGCCAAAAAGAAAUGGUCACUGGUUACACUUGACCACUUUUGAAAUAAAAAGCUUGUGUGCGAGAUAUCAUAUUCAAAAAAUAGCAUUACAACAUGUUACAUGCAUUCUUAAGAUUUUUCCUGGUCGUUGUUAAGGUUGAAAAGUCAAAGGUAACACUUAGCAAAUUUGAAAUAAAAACAUAAGGGAGUAAGAGGUAUAUCUAUCAUAGCACCUGCUUAUUUAAUUAUUUUCUUUUGCUUGUAAUAUGAAUGAGUUCUGUUUAGUUAGUCGGUUUAUUGAUUGUUAAUUUAUUUUGUUAUGCUUUUUUUAUUUAGAUAUAAAUGUAUUCAGUUGAUAACGACCAUCUCGUACACUGUGUACGUCAGUGCUAGUAUGCUCUACACUGGUCACUUGUCUGAUGAAGGUGACAGAGUUGUCAUCAAAACCUCACACUAUUCUUCUGAUUGUGUGAUGAGAAUUUCUAUUAUAAUGGUUCAUGGUGAAAUGUAAGAAAGCCUUACUCCAAGUAGUGAGACAUUCUUCACCAUGAAAAGUGAGAGCAUCGGCUCAUUGGAUGAUAGACUUACAUUAGUUACAGACCAAUUUUCUGUUUGACUUUAGAGGCUUCUGUCUGUACUUUUAAUACUGCAGAAAUCGGUUACUUGACUAUGAAGAAAGAGUGCUAACAUAUCUAUGUCAGAGAAUAUCCAUUUUCUGAAAUGGUCCACAAAGAUAGGAAUAAUUCAGUUCUUUGUGUUUUUGUGUCUACAUGUAACUUGUAGAGUCUCCUUAUGAUUGUGUCCUAUGAUUCUGUUAGGGUUAUUUAGGAGAGUAACUUAAUAUGUCUGUGAUGUAAAACUUAAGGACAUUUUUUUUCCAUUUACAAUAAAUGUGAUAGUUCUCUAAGCAUUCCUGUAAUUGAAAUGUCAAAGUGUUGCAGUUUUCCACAUUCCACUUGAAAGUUAAAUUGAUAUUUCAUAUAAAUGUUAAUAAUCUGUGUAUUUACUGCUUCCAAACGGUUUGUCAUAGAUUUUUUUUUAUUUUACAACACGACAUACCGGUAACUUAUAAUGAAUAUUCUACAAAUAUUCCAGACUUGUUUGAAUCCCGAGUAUCAUGAAGCCAUCAAUUUAUGUUGAUUUCGUGGAUACUGUUUAUUCACCAAUUCAUGUGUUACCAGAUGAAUGAAUCAAACAGCAGAUUUUAGUAUGGGUGGAAUUCUAUCUAUAACACAAAAUCAAGUGCCCAUGUAAAAAUUAUUGUUUGAAAAACCAUGUAACCUAAUCCACAUGAAAACGUGAUUUCACAGUACCAUGAAAUUGAUUACACCUGGAAAUGGAACUUCUGUGUGACAAGGAUACUGUUAAACCUAUAUACUUGUACUUAACUAAGUGAUGUUUGAUACAAGAUGUGCCUUAAUUUCUGUCCUUGGUGUUUACAUAGGUUUUAAUUAUGUCAAGGAUACCUACUAAUGUAUGUUAUAUAACACGUGCAAUAUAAGUUAUAAUUGUAAAUCUGUUGUUAUUUGCAGUAUGUGUUUAAGUUGAUGGUUUCAUGCAAAACAUUGGAUUUCCUGUGUUUUAUCAUAUUGAAAAUCAUAUUAUUACAGAAAGCUCAAUUUGCUGACAGGUAUAUCCUAUACGUCCAUAUGUUUAUAUUGUUGUGACCUAGCUAUGUCAUAUUGUUAAAGUGUUUACAACAUCUUGUCAUUUUUUCAUUGUUGACACGUUUAUUUCAUAUUGCUAGUGCUGUGACAUCUGUCAUGUUGCCACAUUGUGACAUAUUGAUGUCAUUCUGCUACAGUGUUGUGAUAUGUCAUAAUGCUAGUGUUGUAAUAUAUCAUAUUGUUACACUGUUGUAAUAUAUCAUAUUGUUACAUUGUUGUAAUAUGUCAUA